AGCUUUGCUCUCAAUUGGAUUCUCAUUGCAGCAGGUGCCGUCAUCUUCCAGCGUAUCGGCCAGAUUGACGGGCACAGACAGCCCUUCUCCCUCGCUGACAUCUACAUCCAAUGGCCCUACACGGGUCCCUCGACCAUUCCAAACUACGCUCUUGUCCUCCUCAGUGUCGUCUUUCCAGCUAUUGUAAUUUUGAUCUGGUCACUCUUGAUUGAAGCCAAAGUACGCGGUCGCUCUGCACACUGGUCAACACGCGCGCUACAGCUCAACAGUGCCUGGCUCGGUCUCGGCCUCUCUGUUGUUCUCAGUAUGGCAUUCACCAAUAUCCUCAAAGUGACCGUCGGUCGACCCCGUCCAGAUCUUGUAGCGCGGUGUGCGCCGUCUUCUGGUGCAGCAGACGCCAUCUACGCGGGUCUCGUAACAAGUUCAAUCUGUACAACAACGAAUUCAAGUCGUUUACACGAUGGCUUCCGAUCGUUUCCCUCGGGGCACGCAAGUAUGGCGUUCUCUGGACUUGCGUAUCUGGCAUUCUACCUCGCAGCACGCUUGCAUCUGUGGAAUAAUCGAGGAGAGACGUGGAAGUGGGUUCUUGUCAUGAUCCCUGCCGUGACGGCUGCAUUGGUAGGCGCGACCCGCAUCAUGGAUAAUCGGCAUCAUCCGUUUGAUGUACUAUUUGGCGCUGCGCUUGGUAUUGCAACGUCUGCAUUCAGCUAUCGCCAGUACUUUCCA